AUGAGCGGAGGCACAGCCCAUCUCCUCACGGCUCUCUUUGUGGCGGCGGCAGCGGCAAUGGGGUACCCGUCACGGCGCUCUGCCACUGACCUAGAUGCCACCCCCAGGACAACGGUCACCUUUGAUGAGCUUUCGGGCGUCCGGUGCUUCAGCACACGCACCCUCAACUACAGCACGCUGCUGCUGGAGGACAGCUGGGGCAUCCUCUACGUGGGCGCCAGGGGAGCCAUCUUCGCCCUCAACUCCAGUGACGUGGCCGACGGCUCCCACCGCACGAUCCAUUGGGAAGCCUCCCUGGAGAAGCAGAUGGACUGCCUGCAGAAGGGCAAAAACAACAAGACCGAGUGCUUCAACCACGUGCGGUUUCUGCAGAGGCUGAACAGCACCCACCUCUACGCCUGCGGGACCUAUGCCUUCCACCCGCUCUGCGCCGCCAUCGAUGCCGACAGGUUCACGUUGCCAUCCCACUUUGAGGAAGGCAAGGAGAAGUGCCCGUAUGACCCUGCCCGUGGCUACACUGGCCUCAUUGUGGAUGGCGGCUUGUACACGGCCACACGCUAUGAGUUUCGGAGCCUCCCUGACAUCCGGAGGAACCUGCACCAGCGGCCGCUGAGGACAGAGGAGUCCCCGCUGCACUGGCUGAACGAUGCUGAGUUUGUGGCCUCUGUGCUGGUCCAGGAGAGCAAGGACAGCCCUGUGGGUGACGAUGACAAAAUCUACUACUUCUUCAUGGAGCGGGCAGGCGAGGAGACCACGUCCUUCUUUGACAAGAGCCAGGUGGCCCGAGUGGCCCGGGUGGCCCGUGUCUGCAAGAGCGACGCUGGGGGGAAGAAGAUCCUGCAGCGCAAAUGGACGUCCUUCAUGAAGGCACGCCUGGUCUGCUACAUCCCCUACUACGAGGUGCUGCGCAGUGUCUGCAGUCUGGACGGGGGUGGCUGGGCCAGCACCGUCUUCUACGCCGCCUUCACCCUCUCGGCACAGUGGAGGACGAUGGAGGCUUCGGCCGUGUGCCGCUACAGCAUCUCGGCGGUGCAGCACGCCUUCGAGGGCCCCUUCAUGGAGUACCAGGACUCGGCUCGCAAGUGGUCCCGCUACGAUGGCACGCCUGAGCCCCGGCCUGGCUCCUGCAUCACGGACCGCUCCCGCAGGAAGGGCUACAACUCCUCGCAGGACCUGCCCAACAGCGUCCUGGACUUUGUCAAGCUGCACCCGCUCAUGUUCGAGGAGGUGAAGCCGGCCGGCGGGGAGCCGCUGCUGGUGAAGAAGAGCGUGGCGUACAGCCGGCUGGCUGUGGACAGGGUGCAGGCCCUCGACGGCCGCUCCUACGAUGUGCUUUUCAUGGGGCUGGGGGUGGGGGGCCCCAGCAUCCACAUCGUGGAGGAGGUGCAGGUGUUCAGGGAUCCGCAGCCCGUGGAGAGCCUGGUGAUCUCCCAUGCCCAGAGGAGCCUGUAUGUGGGGGCAGCCAGUGGGGUCCUGCAGGUGCCCCUGGCCUCCUGCACCAAGUACGCCUCCUGCUAUGACUGCAUCCUCGCCCGGGACCCCUACUGCGCCUGGGACGGCAGG